AAGGUUAAUGACGUCAUCCGACAAAUUUUAGUUCAUGUCGAUAAUAAUGCGUGAAUUGUGUGAUACAUUUAUCAGUAUUGAUGUGAUGUGAUGUGUUACGGUAGUGUAUAUGUAUUUAAUAGUGAUUGCUGAAUGAUAAUUUAAGUAAGAUGAUCCUCUCAAUAGUGUUAGUGCUGGGUGCGUUCUGCUCAAUCGCAGAACCAGCGAAGAUCCUAUAUGUACUACCUUUUGGGGGACCGUCGCAUUACAUCGCGUUAAAAGAUCUCGGUCUGGAGUUGGCCAACAGAGGCCACGAGGUUCAUGUCAUCACACCCUUCAGAGAAAAUAACCCUCCGCCAAAUUAUCAUCAAAUAAUGGUACAAAAGAAAAGUCCAUGGGAGUUUUUAAGUCAAGAAAGGCCAAAUAUAUUUACUUUUACUGAAUACUCUUUUAGUAAAUACAUGGGCUUGCUUUAUCAAAUCGGCUAUAUGCUCAACGAACUGGUGUUUGAAUCAGAUGAAUUUCUCAAAUUCAUGCAAGAAGACCACAAAUUCGAUGUCGUCAUUAAUGAACUUUUUUACCAGGAGCCUUUCUAUUUGCUAGCUCAUAAGUACCAAGCUCCGUUGGUGCUAGUGUCAACGUUUGGAAAUUCAAUGAAAACCAACUUCUACGGAAAGAAUCCACUUCAAUUGAACGUUGCUAAUCACGAAUGGGCGGUAUUCGAUCCGACAGGUGUCGUAGGGAGAUUCUGGAAUGUUUACUGUAGUCUGUAUGACUUGUUUAUGCAUAAAUUUGUAUACAUGCCAAAACAAGAGGAGUAUGCUAGGAAAUACUUCAAGGAUCUACCUCAGCCAGUACCGAGUUUGGAGGAGCUCGCCGGCAACGCUUCGCUCGUACUGAUGAAUUCCCACUUCAGCAUCGACAAUCCAACGGCUUACUUGCCCAAUUUUGUUGAAGUUGGAGGCUUGAAUCACGUGAAAAAACCUAAAGCGUUACCCAAGGACUUACAAGAGAUACUCGACAAGGCAACUAAUGGAGUUGUUUUUAUGAGCUUGGGCUCAAACGUACAAUCGACAGAUCUAAGCAAAGACAAAUUAGAGGCAUUUAUUAAAGUUUUUGGAGAAUUGAAGGAGACGGUUCUCAUGAAAUGGGAAGAUGACACGUUAACAAAUAUUCCUAAGAACGUGAUUUUGCGGAAAUGGUUCCCUCAGAUUGAAGUUGUUGCUCAUCCUAACGUGAAACUUUUCAUCGGACACGGAGGCCUCAUCAGUCUUCUAGAAACGAUAAACGCAGGAGUCCCGAUCUUAGGCAUCCCGGUGUUUGCAGACCAAUAUCUGAACAUUCACUCGACCAUCCAGAACGGCAAUGGAGCGAUGCUCGAGCACAAGAACAUUAAUGAACAUAACCUUAGAACAAUUUUGAACAAAAUGUUGACAGACAAACGGUAUAAGGAGAAAGCCCUAGAAAUAUCAACCAGGUUUAAGGAUAGACCUAUGAACGGUCUAGACACGGCAAUAUGGUGGAUAGAGUACGUCAUACGACACAAAGGAGCAGAUUUUAUUAAAACGCCGGCGUUGAAAUUUAACUUCUUGCAGUAUUACAUGUUGGAUGUUCUACUUCUUGUGUUAGCUGUCGCACUUGCGCCUUUGCUUGUUGUGUGGAAAAUUGUUAGCCUUUUCAAAAGUAAACCAGUAAAAAAGAAUGUAGAAAAGAAGAAACAAAAACGUAAUUAAAUACAUAUCUAUAUUGAAAGUAAAUAUUCAGCAAUUUUAUUAAAACAUUCAUAUAUUAUAUUUUUGUAGAUAACUUAUAUGUAUAUUUCAAUUUGGUUACGUUUUGGAUACAUUUAGAUUUAAGCUUACAAAAAUGCUCACAGCAAAUAAAUUGAUUUAUUUAUGUCUAUGCAAAUAAUAAAUGUAACGGAAUAUUUUUCGGUUUAUUUAUUAUGUAACAUUUCAAAGUUUGAAUCAAUAUGAAAUUACAGUUGUUUAUUAGAUUUAUAUCUGAAUAAAUAUAUUUUUCUACCUG